CUCUCUCAUCAUUCUUGUUGCGUUUCUCGCUGUUUCUUUCUAGUGUUGUACGCAUUCCGCUUCCCCCAUUUCAUUUUCUGACGGCUUUCGUUCUUUUAUAUUGCUAUUAUUUUCUGGGUAUUGGAAUUACAUCUUCCCCUCAGAUUUUGGGAAUUUUCCCCUUCUGGGUAUUGGACAAAUUGGACAACUUGUAUUGUUCAAUCUUCUUAUUUAUUGUUUUUUUGUAUGGUUUUAUUUGAAUUGCUUUCCUCAUAGUUUGGUUUUCUGUUGAAUGAUUUGAGGAUCUGCUCGUUUGGGUUGCUUUUAUUUUGUAAGAAUUCUAUGGCAUUUGACUGUUUCAGAGUGUUUUUCCAUGGCUGCCCUGUAAUGAAUAAGUUAUCUUCCAUUCCAUCUUCAUCAUUAAUUUAUUGCCUUAUUUAGACUGUGGCGAUUAGGGUUUCUGCCUAUCUAUCUAUUAAGUUUGAAUAUCACCAUCCGAUAUUAUCCAAUAUGCAAUAUUUAAAUUGGUUUUUUUAGAUCGAGAGAAUUUUUUUUUUAAUUGAACAUUUUUAAUAUUAAUUAUCAAUAUGUGGAGUGGACUUAAAAAGUUCAUCUGUUACUUGAGCUCCUUUAUACAGGGAUCCACUACCAGAAAAUUCCUAACUCGGUUGAACCUAGAAGCUCCGGGGGAAUCCAUCUCUUCUGCAACAAGUUGUUUUGUGAAGCGGGAGUGGGACGAUGGCAGCAAAAGGGGGAUUGAAGAUGAGGAUCGCCAUAAUCCACCCAGACCUUGGCAUAGGUGGAGCUGAGAGAUUGAUUGUUGAUGCAGCUGUUGAACUUGCUUCCCAUGGACAUGAUGUCCAUGUUUUUACAUCGCACCAUGACAAAAAUCGGUGCUUUGAGGAGACCCUUGCUGGAACCUUUCCAGUUACCGUGUAUGGUGAUUUCCUACCCCGCCAUAUCUUUUACCGCCUCCAUGCAGUAUGUGCAUAUCUCCGGUGUAUAUUUGUCACUCUCUGCAUGCUGUUUAUGUGGCCAUCAUUUGACGUCAUACUAGCAGAUCAGAUCUCUGUUGUUGUUCCACUACUUAAACUGAAAAGGUCAACGAAGGUUGUAUUUUAUUGUCAUUUUCCGGAUCUGUUACUGGCUAAGCACACGACCAUCUUGAGGAGGCUGUAUAGAAAACCCAUAGACCUUAUUGAAGAAUCGACAACUGGAAUGGCAGAUUUGAUACUGGUCAAUAGCAAAUUUACUGCAUCCACCUUUGCCAAUACAUUCAAACAUCUUAAUGCACAAGGAAUUCGACCAGCUGUUCUUUAUCCAGCAGUCAAUGUAGAUCAGUUUGAUGAGCCCCAUUCUUCUAAUUCUUAUAUUUAUAAUCACCUCAGGUUGGGUUUUCUUUCUAUCAACCGUUUUGAAAGAAAGAAAAACAUUGGAUUAGCUAUUUCAGCCUUUGCUAAGCUUGGCACACUCGAAGGAGGCAUUCUUCAGGAUUACAAUGCGGCUGAUGUUUCCUUGAUCAUUGCUGGAGGCUUCGAUAAACGACUAAGAGAGAAUGUUGAGUACUUGGAGGAGCUCAGGAAUUUAGCUGAAAGAGAAGGUGUAUCCGAUCAAGUUACCUUCAUCACAUCCUGCUCAACACUCGAAAGAAACGCUCUCCUUUCCCAAUGUCUCGCUGUCCUCUACACACCGGAGGAUGAACACUUUGGCAUUGUUCCUCUGGAAGCCAUGGCAGCUUACAAGCCCGUUAUUGCCUGCAACAGUGGGGGUCCAGUUGAGACUAUAAAAAAUGGCACGACGGGAUUUCUUUGUUCGCCCAAUCCGCAAGAGUUCUCCCUUGCAAUGGCGAAACUCAUUCAGGAUCCUCAGAUGGCAGCAAGAAUGGGUAGGGAAGCCCGGCAGCACAUCAUUGAAUCUUUCUCUACAAGGAUAUUCGGCCAGAAUUUGAACCGAUUUCUUGUCGAUGUUGCUCGAACUAAGAGGGACUGAAAAUGCAGUUCAAUUUAGAAUCAAGUCGAUUCGCCACAAGGUACUGCAACACCCUUUGAACCCAUACCAGUGGAUCUUCUGUAAAGUGGUAAAAUUAGAAACACAUACAAAUUACUGCUUUGUUUUAUAUACACUUAUUGUGCACUGCUUGGUCCAGUAGAAGAUGAAUUAACAUCAUUUGGGUAUGACUUUUUUAGUGUUCAGAACUGAUUUAUAAAUCUGAUUAUAGUUUUCAAGAACUUGAGAAUUUUGGUUGA